CUUUGUUUCAACUUACCAACAAUCUCAUCAUCAUUAACAAAACCAAAUUGCAAUUUCCUACCACUUUAUGGGGACCUCUUUCUUACUCCCUUUCCCACUCAAACUUUUAAUUACACUAAACAUCUUCUCCACCUUCACCUCAUGUACAACUUUAACCACUGAUCAAGAUGCUCUUCUUGCUUUCAAAAAUUCCACUAUAGACGCAAAUGGAGUCUUGACCAACAACUGGCUCACCAACACCUCCAUCUGUGAUUGGGCCGGGGUCUCGUGUGGCCUAAAACACCAGAGGGUCACAGCCCUCAACCUCUCCAACCUCGCCCUCCACGGAAACCUCUCCCCACAUAUUGGGAACCUAACAUUUCUCCAGUCCUUGGACAUCAGCUACAAUAACUUCACAGGUGUCUUACCAACUGAGCUGUCCAAACUACACCGUCUGAAGCAUGUAAACGCGGCAUCUAACAACUUCAGUGGAGAAAUACCAAGAGGUAUCCUCACAAACAUGUCUACAUUGGAAGCAAUAGAUCUGAGAUUUAACAAGCUAUCGGGCGAGCUCCCAAGUGAUAUAUGCAACAAUACUCCGAAAUUGAAUGGGUUAUAUCUCAAAGAUAAUCAAAUCUAUGGCAAAAUUCCAACGAGUAUAUAUAAGUGCAAAGAGAUGGAAGAGUUGAGCUUGUCAGGAAACCAAUUCAAUGGCAACAUACCUACUGAAAUUGGGAAUUUGAGCAUGCUUACUCUUUUAUAUAUACAUCAUAACGAUCUCCAAGGAAAUAUUCCAUCUUCUAUCUUCAACAUUUCCUCGUUGGAGUACAUAAACCUUGAAGGCAAUAGUCUCUCUGGAAGUAUACCCACAAAUUUGGCCAAUUUACUUAACCUCCAAGCGUUGUAUCUUAAUGACAACAACUUAACAGGUAGUAUACCAAUGGAGAUUGGACAUCUUGAGUUCUUGAGUUAUAUGUACCUUUAUCAAAACAAAUUGACAGGUUACAUACCAAGGCAAAUCGGGAAUCUCUCGUCACUAGUAGAGCUGGAUGUUGCUUUGAAUAAGUUGGAGGGUGAGUUGCCGGAAGAGCUUGGUAAUCUAGCAAACAUCGAGUUCUUAACAGCAUCCUUCAAUGAUUUGUUGUCCGGUCCCAUCCCCUCUUCCAUAUUCAACUUAUCAAAUUUGGUGAUACUCUCUCUUCAACAGAAUCAGUUUUCUGGUAGUCUUCCUUCAGACAUGGGGAUCUCACUUGUGAAGCUCCAACAACUUUAUUUAUUCUAUAACAGACUCACUGGCGAAAUUCCGGCCUCUAUCACCAAUGCUUCUCAGCUUACUGUUGUAGAAUUGAACAGAAACUCGUUCACUGGUCCCAUUCCCAAUUUUGGUGAUCUAAGACAGCUGAAAUCCCUUCGCCUUUGGGAAAAUAAUCUAACUGGAGUAGACUCUCCGAAUCAAGAAUUGGAAUUUCUCUCUUCAUUAACAAACUGCCGAAGUUUGCAGCACUUGGAAAUUACCAACAAUUCGAUGAUGAACGGUAUCCUUCCAGCUUCCAUUGGGAACUUAUCUGCUUCUCUCGUCAACUUUGAAGUAUCUAACUGCGGCAUCAGAGGUGUAAUUCCUCCUGAAAUUGGAAAUUUGAGGAGUUUGCGGAUUUUGGAUUUAUCCAUGAAUCAACUCACAGGAUUCAUCCCAGCACCAAUGGGAAAACUGAAUGCACUUGGAAUAUUUUAUCUUUUUGAUAACCAGCUACAAGGAAAUAUCCCUCGUCAUCUUUGCCAAAACAGUGCUUUGGUGGAUUUAGACUUGAGUGGUAAUAUGUUCACGGGUUCAAUACCUGAAUGUUUGGGUGGACUUAAAUCUCUUCAGACAAUCUCUUUUGCAUCUAACAAGCUCAAUUCCACACUUCCAUUCAAUUUUUUUAACCUUCAAAAGCUCAUAAGUCUAGACUUGUCCUCAAACUAUUUCAGUGGUCGAAUUCCUGAUCAAAUAGCAAAUUUGAAGGCUAUUGACACCCUAGACCUGUCUUUUAACAACUUUUUAGGAAACAUUCCAAACACACUUGUUGGUUGCCAAUCUCUUGAGUAUCUGCUUUUGGCAAAUAAUAUGUUGAAUGGUUCCAUUCCCUUGUCUUUGGGAGAGGUUAAAGGGUUGAGGGAGCUUGAUCUUUCUGGUAAUAAUCUCACUGGUUUGAUACCCAACCCUAUUGCAAAGCUCGCUCUCGAAUCUUUCAAUGUUUCGCACAACAAUUUGCAGGGAAAGAUUCCGGAAGGGGGUUGUUUCGUUAACUUCACUGCUGAAUCUUUUACUCAAAACCCUGAUCUAUGUGGUUCAAAGAAAUUCCAAGUGCCACCAUGUGGGAGUGGAAGGUCAAGAUCGGAAACAAUUGCUCUGAUAAUGAAGUAUGGUGUGCCUCCCUUCGUUGGAGCUUUGAUUUUGGUACUAAUCAUAAUUUUCCUCAUAAAGAGACGCAGACGGAAAAAUGUGCCAGCUCCUGACGUCUCAUCAGUGGGAGCUUCGUGGAAGAUCGUCUCAGAGAGGGAACUCAUGCAGGCGACAAGUUCUUUUAGUGAGAUGAACCUACUCGGAAAAGGGAGCUUUGGUUCAGUAUUCAAAGCAAUUCUUGCGGAUGACACAACUGUAGCAGUGAAAGUGUUCAACUUGGAAUUGGAAGGAGCGCUCAAGAGCUUCGACACAGAGAGUCGUAUACUUGGCACUAUUCGACACAGGAACUUGAUCAAGAUACUUGGUUGUUGCAGCCAUGAGCAGUUCAAGGCCUUGAUUCUGGCGUACAUGCCUAACGGGAGUCUGGAGAAAUGGCUGCAUUCUGAUGUAUAUGUUUUGGAUUUGGUGAAGAGGUUGAACAUAGCCAUAGACGUCGCGUCGGCCUUGGAGUAUCUUCAUCACAAUCACACUUUUACGGUUGUGCAUUGUGAUAUAAAGCCGAACAAUGUGUUGCUUGAUGAAGAUAUGACUGCGCAUGUUGGUGAUUUUGGCAUUUCGAAACUUUUUGAGGAUCGGGAAGCUGUGAUUCAUACUAUUACUAUGGCAACUAUCGGUUAUGCAGCACCAGAGUAUGGAUCAGAAGGAAUAGUAUCCACAAACGGGGAUGUAUAUAGUUUUGGGAUAUUGUUGUUGGAGAUUUUUACGAGUAAGAAGCCAACAGAUGAUAUGUUUAGAGGGGAAAUGGGCAUAAAGGAGUGGGUAGGCAAAGCAUUAGAAGAAAAUGGGAUAAGUGAAAUUGUCGCUUCUGGUUUGCUAUCAAGAGCAGAUCGGCAUUUCCCUGCAAACGAGCAAUGUGUGUCGUCUAUUUUUGAUUUGGCAAUGAAAUGUUUGGCCUUUUCGCCCGGGCAAAGGAUCAACAUGGUGCAAGCAGCAGCUGCAUUACAGAAGUUCAGAGCUGUAGUGGAAGCAGCCAACAAGAGACAAAGGAGAUCUUGAAAUAAACAGAGGAUAGAGUGCAUUCCUCUUAGGGCAUUCACAACAUAGCCAGCAUGGAUGGUUGCUAGCCGAGGCCCUACUGCAGAGUCGCCUCUAUCUGGGCUGCCGAGAUUUCAGCCCUAGCACGGUGAGUGGUCAGCCGGACUGCUCGGUUAUUUCAUUGCGCUACUGUGACCGCUGUGGUUAUCGGGAUGGAAUUUUUCUCCUUCCUUAACAUUUUUUUGAUUUUAUUAAUUUAAAACUAUUGGUUUCUCUCUGUUUUCUGAACUAUGUUGAGUUAAUUAUGUUGUGUGUAUAUUAAUUGAAUUUGUAUGCGGUGUU